AUGGCCGCAAACCCUUCCCCCCGCGAGCGCAAGCCCUCGACUAGCGCUCCCCUCGGUGACCUCAAGGGUCCCGUUGGGCCUUCAUUCACCCGUCCCAAGCACAAGAGGACGGUAACUGGCUUUGGCCCCAGUGAGAUCAAGAACGUAGAAGCGAGCAUCCCAGAGCCCCAGCGCGAGGCAUGGAGAAAGUUUAUGCCCAAGCCCUUCUCGACGCCAGACGACUUUACGAAAGACGCUGUUCGCCAUAUCGAGACUACCCUCGCACGCUCCCUCUUCAACUGCGACGAGUCUGCUGCCUACGCUGGAACUGCCCUCGCCUUCAGGGAUCGCUUGGUCUUGGACUGGAACAAGACGCAGCAGAGCCAGACCUUUGCUGACCAGAAGCGUGUAUACUAUCUCUCCCUCGAGUUCUUGAUGGGCCGCGCUCUGGACAAUGCCAUGCUCAACGUUGAGCAGAAGGAUAUCGCUUCCAAGGGUCUCAGCGAUCUCGGCUUCCGCAUGGAGGACAUUGUAUCUCAGGAGCAUGAUGCUGCCUUAGGAAACGGUGGUCUCGGACGUCUUGCGGCCUGCUUCCUCGACUCGAUGGCUUCUCUCAACUACCCAGCCUGGGGCUACGGCUUACGGUACCGAUAUGGUAUCUUUAAGCAGGAGAUCGUCGAUGGAUACCAGGUCGAGGUUCCAGACUACUGGCUGGACUUCAACCCAUGGGAGUUCCAGCGCCACGACAUUGUCGUUGAUAUCCAGUUCUACGGCAACGUCAACCGCUGGCAGGACGACGAGGGCAAGCAACAGUGCUCGUGGGAGGGCGGCGAGAUUGUCCAGGCUGUUGCUUUUGACGUUCCCGUUCCUGGCUACAAGACUGGCACUUGCAACAACCUCCGCCUUUGGGGCAGCAAGGCAGCCAGCGGCGAGUUUGACUUCCAGAAGUUCAACUCUGGCGAAUACGAGAGCUCUGUAGCUGACCAGCAGCGCGCUGAGACCAUCUCCGCUGUGCUCUACCCCAACGACAACCUUGACCGCGGUAAAGAGCUUCGCCUGAAGCAACAGUACUUCUGGUGCGCAGCUUCCCUCUACGACAUCGUGCGACGUUUCAAGAAGAGCCAGCGCGCCUGGAAGGAAUUCCCCAACCAAGUCGCGAUUCAACUCAACGACACUCACCCGACCUUGGCCAUUCCCGAGCUUCAGAGGAUAUUGGUCGAUAUCGAGGGCUUGGAGUGGGACGAGGCAUGGAGCAUCGUUCAGAAGACGUUUGGAUACACUAACCAUACCGUGCUUCCUGAGGCGCUCGAGAAGUGGUCUGUACCGCUCAUGCAGCACCUCCUCCCGCGCCACCUUCAGAUCAUCUACGAAAUCAACCUGCACUUCCUCCAGUUCGUCGAGCGUAACUUCCCGAAAGACCGCGAGAUGCUGGGUCGUGUCUCCAUCAUCGAAGAAUCGAACCCAAAGAUGGUCCGCAUGGCAUACCUUGCUUUGAUUGGCUCACACAAGGUCAACGGUGUAGCCGAGCUACAUUCCGACUUGAUCAAGACGACCAUCUUCAAGGAUUUCGUCAAGAUCUACGGACAGGAUAAGUUCACCAAUGUCACCAACGGCAUUACCCCGAGGAGAUGGCUCCACCAGGCCAACCCCAAGCUCUCGGCGCUUAUUGCGUCAAAGUUGGGCGGUCACGAGUUCCUGAAGGACCUCACCCUGCUGAACAAGCUAGAGGCGUUUGUUGACGACAAGGAGUUCCGCAAGGAGUUCCGCGACAUCAAGUACGCCAACAAGGUGCGACUCGCACAAUACAUCCUGGAGAACAACGGCGUCAAGGUCAACCCGGCAGCGCUGUUCGAUGUUCAAGUCAAGCGCAUUCACGAGUACAAGCGCCAGCAGCUCAACAUCUUCGGUGUGAUCCACCGUUACCUCCAGAUCAAGGCCAUGUCUCCCGAAGAUCGCAAGAAGCUAGCUCCUCGCGUGUCCAUCUUCGGUGGUAAGGCUGCACCAGGUUACUGGAUGGCCAAGACAGUCAUCCACCUCGUCAACAAGGUGGGUGAUGUUGUCAACAACGACAAAGAUGUCGGCGACGCUCUCAAGGUUGUCUACUUGGCCGAUUACAACGUUAGUAAGGCAGAGAUCAUCUGCCCUGCUAGCGACAUUAGCGAGCACAUUUCUACUGCUGGUACUGAGGCGUCGGGUACCAGUAACAUGAAGUUCUGCCUGAACGGCGGUCUCAUUAUCGGAACCUGCGACGGAGCCAACAUCGAGAUUACUCGCGAGAUUGGCGAACAGAACAUCUUCCUCUUCGGUAACCUUGCCGAAGAUGUCGAGGACCUCCGUCACAACCACAUGUACUCUCAAUACCAGCUGGACCCCCAGCUUGCCAACGUUUUCGAUGCGAUUCACAAUGGCAUGUUUGGCGAUGCGGACCAGUUCUCUGCUCUGAUCAACGGCAUCGUGGACCAUGGUGACUACUACCUCGUCUCUGACGACUUCGCAUCGUACAUCAAGACACAGGAGCUCAUCGAUGAGAGCUACAAGAACACUGAGGAGUGGACAACUAAGACCAUCACGACGGUUGCGCGCAUGGGUUUCUUCUCAAGUGAUAGAUGUAUCGACGAGUAUGCGGAGGCUAUCUGGAACGUUGAGCCGCUGCAGGUCAAGAGCGAGCCUGCGCCGUAG